AUGGCCGAGUACGAGUACCACAGCCCCCAGAAGCUGAUGACACCUGAGGAGUCAUGCAUGGACACAUGGGACGGGGCCGUCAUGAACGAGGUCAUGCAAUAUGCCUACGAGAACAACCUUGUGAUAGACCAUCGCCUGAGCUCCUUCUCUAUCGCCCAUCUCUUCGGACCCCUGAUCCAGGAGACUAUCCCAGAUGCAGGAGAGGACGGCUUCACUGAUCACAGUCACCUUGCUGAGCUGGAGAUCCCAACGCCUUCGCUGUGGGAGAAGCCGUCCACCACGAACGACGCGCUGAGGCUCAUCCACAAUGUUCGACGCUCCCUCACGGAUGAAGAGGUGGAAAAGCUCACUCAGGAAGUGUGCGACUCGGUCAAGGUCGCGGGCCUGAAACUCGAGCUACCUAUCCUCAAGACCGACAACGAAUGGGACAUGAAAGAGUUCGAGAAAGAGAAUGCAGCCCGUCGCGCUGCCGUCUUGGACUCCAUCAAGAACCACAGAUUGCCACUUCAUCCUCAGAACUUGGAGGAUGGCGAAGGCAUGGAGCUGUCAGCGAAGGUCCGAGCGCGGUGCGAUGACCUCGUGAGGACGAUUGAGGGGGAGAGGCUGGCAGUCACCCAAGACAGCGCCAGAUAUCUCAUCAACCAACGCAGACAUGAAUUCACAAGUGAGGACCGGAUGAGGUUCCUGAUCGAGGAGAAUCCGCGCAUGGAGAAGAAGCUCACCCCACCUGUGAGCCCCAAGCUUAGGAACAACUUCCUCACAUCAGAUUUCGAUCCCGGCCCUCUUCCCAUACCACCAGACUCGAGUUCACUGCUUAGCGACAAUUUCCAUGCCAUCGAGGAGGCUAUGCUUGGGGAGCAUCAGGACAGAUGGAGCGACAACACCUCUCCUAUUCGCGAGUUUCUGCAGGACAAGUUCACCGUGACCGACCAGGAGGCGGAGGCGCUUCUGGAUUACCCUCGACAGAACCUCGACGAGUUCAAAAUCGAGAUGCCCCUGUUGAUGGAUGAGGCUCCAGAGCUACCAGGUCCUUCGGGCCCAGGCGCUUUCAAAGACUUUGUCGAGGGAGCAAUGGACCUAGACCGUGGGUCUGAAACGGCAUGGCUUCAGAGCUUCUCAGACGAUUCCCUACAAGAGCAGUUGCAAAAAGCUGCAGGCAAGAUUGAAAAGGCCAUUGAACAAGAAGAGCUGAACGAGGUGGACGCGACCGCCCGUGUUCGAGUUCCCAUCAUGGACUUCUCGCGCCCUGACCCAGAAUGGGCAAGACUUCAUAACGAUGCGAGAGGCAUCUUCCAAUGGAUGCAGGGUGGUAUGGAACAUCUUUUCGAGAUUCGCCGCUGGCCCGUGCACAAAACUGCUGAGAGCAAGCUGAGAUGGAACCCGUUGAAUUCUCAUAAAGCCAAUUUUGCGUUGUUUGAGGAGACUGUGGACGCUGGUGAUCCUCUCGUUCAGGCUUUGCUUCAACUUCCCGAAACAAGCGAAGUUUCCACGAGCCUAGACUUCGUCCAACAGCGAAACCUGCCCAUGGCUUUCAAGGACCAGGAUAUAUAUGAGGAAAUCGAGGUUGAGGCCAAGAGCAAGAGCGCCCCCGAGGACAACCUGAUGGACUUCGUAAGGAAGAGGUCCAUAAACCUCAACGACAGAGGAGAAACAUUCAAGAAGCCUCGAACUUUUGCAGUGCCUUCGUCGCAGCAGAUGUCUAAGAACGAUGGCCCGUCCCUGUUGGCAGGAGACUCUCCAGGGGCCUCUACGAGGCUUCUGGAGAAUUAUAUGGAAAUCCAUGCGCCAGAGAAGAAGCCAUGGACAUACAUGUCCAAGAAAGUCCCAAGACCCAAUGGCGAUAGGGGUGACCAAUCGGACAGUUCCGCGAACAAACCAGCAACGAAGCAAAACACACCCUGUCCAUCGCUCCAGCUCCCAGGAACUCCAUUGGCGGCCUUUAUCUCUGUCAAGAUUCCUGCACGUCUGCUCUGGGCGAUCGAAGGACUCAUUCCGGACCUGACUCUGAUCGAGAGGGAUUAUGAUGGCCACAAUACCUCUGUCUGGCGGCAGGGUUCCGUUGCUCGAGCCGAAGUUGUCCCUGAUCUUGCCAACGAUGCCGAUGUCUCCAUAUCCCCAAGCACAGGUCUCAUCAUUACGUCCAUGAUCCGGGUCCGCCAGAAAUCCAAACCAGGAACCACCAAGAGCAUGGUCCAAAUACGAGUCGAAAAAGCCUCAGUACGAUAUGAGCAGCUCAUUGUUCUCAUAGGAGGCGAAGGAGGCGGUGAUGAUACACUCACUGAGCUCUCGACAUCCGAUAUGGUCGCUAUCCAUGAGCUUCAGGGAUUCUCGAGCGGCCUCGACUGCAGCGUCCAGAUACAUUAUGUUGGUGGAGGAGACAAGACAUUGGCAACCUGGGUGGCUUCUUGCAUCAGCCGGUAUGGUCUGGCCGACCCAGCUGUGUUGACAGGCCUGCUUGACGCCGAGACGCUCUGGGAGCUCUUUCUGCGGAGGGCAGGCUUCAAUGUCUUCGCGGCCCAAGUUGUCGUGGGCCAGCUGAAGCUCCUGAGUCCCGGGGCAAACAGAGGAGAUCUGACUCAGUAUGGCUUAGGUGCCUUCGUGACGAUGACCAGGGCCGAGAGAAUGCACCGAUUUGGGCAAUUGGUCGGCACAAGAGUCUUGGAGCGCGUCAGCAGAGCCAUUGACGAGUCGUGGAACCUGUGGGGAGGGGGGGUGGCAAUGAGCGAUAGUGGAUGA